ACAGAUUUUCGAAUCUAUAGAGAAGAAACAUGAAGCAAUGUGAUCGUAGUCUAUCUUCUUUUACUACUUCGUUAUCAUCUUCUUUCGUUGCUUCUGAAUCUGAUCCUGAAGAUUCUUUAUGGAAUGAUUUCACUUUCGAUUUCUCAUUCUUGACAUCCGAAGACCAAAAGAUUUGUCCCAAUGAUGCGACCACUGUUCCUAAAGCGAAAGAAUCGGGGCAUUCGGUUUUUGGAGUUACUAGUAUACCUCCAGUAGCUAGGAGUGCUGACAUAGCUAACGAUAACUCUGAUUUUAAUGGAGUAGAGAGACGGUAUUCUUGCGCUAGGGACGAGUCAGCUUGUUCGGGGAAGUUUCUGGUGAGAAAAGAUAGCAAUUGCAGUCCACUCUUCUCUAAAGUGUCAGCGCUGCGGAUUGAAUGUACCAACGGUUCUGGUAUUGACAAGAAGAAUCUAUGCAGCGCAAACAGAAGUGUACUAUCUGAGAAAUCUUCGAUACAAGAUGACAUUGAGGUGGAUUCUUCUUGUUGGAGAAGAACACGGUCUCAUAACACUGCGGCAUUAGGUGUCAAGUCUUUGAACUUCAGGCGUUUUAGCGAUGAUCAAAAUUGUAUCUAUGGAUUGAAUCCUUUGGCACCUCAAUAUAUACCGUCCAAUGGUAAGAAGAACCUAGACAAGAAUGGUAGAGUCUUUGAAGAAAAUUGUAGUUUUUCUGAAGCUGGCAUUGAACAAGGUUCCAACCAAAACACUAGAAGAAGCGUCCUUAUCCAUGAUGUAGAUGAAAGUUUGGGUUUAGUAUCUCAAGAUAGUCUUUCAAACACUAUGAGCUUGUUAGAUAUUAGCAACGGGUUCCAAAAGUCUACGAAGCUGGAUCCUUUAGCCCCUGUUUUCGUUCCUGCUUGUGCAAAACGAAGUGACGUUGUUAAUGAAAGGCAUGGUGCAGCAGAUCACAUGAUAACUAUGGAGACAAAUGUUGGCUCAACUUCUGGUUUAAGUACUUCUUCAGACAAUAAGGUUGAGACACAUUCUUCAGAGGCCGACCGCAGUUUAAGACAUCGAUACUCUAAAAAUAUUCGUGAAUGCGGAACAUAUCCAUUCAACCCUCAGCUUCGGUCUCAAGUUCAGAUUUCUGAGAAUACAAAACUGGAUAUGACCAGCAACAAGUCUCAUGGUCGGAAGAAACUAAAUCCUCUGGCCCCUCAGUUCUCACUAGCCGAUAAUAAACAAAAAGUAUAUGGCUGUGAGGAAAACCAAGCUGCAAAUGAUUUACCGGCCAUGGUAAAUGGUUCCGUGUUGAUCUCUCCAAUUGGCUCAUCUUCAAGCGAUGUGAGAGCUUUAUCUGACUUUGGCGAUGGAAACGGCUGUUCCACAUCAUCACCAUCUCCAAAAGUGGAUGUUAAGAAACUCCUUACGACGAUUCAUGAACUGUCAGAGUUGCUAACACAUGUACACAGUUCAGAAACUUCAGAUACACCAAAUGAGCAAUAUCUUGAUCUCAUCAACUGUACUGUGCAGAAUCUCAACUCGUACAUCAAUAACAAAGUUCAGGAGCAUACUGGGAAUCAUUCAAGCGCUGUACACAGUUCAUGUGAUUUAUAUUCGUUUCCUAAUAUGCGUAAGCAAUCGAUUAGAGACCAUCAGCCACCAAAGGCGAAAAUUACGAUUGCCAAUGUUGAUGUUAAAAGGAAAGAGAAGUACUCCAUGGUCUCAGGGGAUAUGGUACCAGAUUCACAUUUUCGAUUUGGUGUGAUGAACAAAGAAAAUGGCUUUAGCAAGGUUAGCGAGUAUAAAUUUAAGCGGCUGAAUCUCACAGCACAGCCUUAGAGACUAAGGUCUGUGUACGGAAUUUACGAGGCGGUGUUACGAUCUAGAGAAGUUUUGCUAGCAAGUGUGUAGAUAUAAAAGAGUGACACUCAU